AUGCCUCAGUUGCUGCAAAACAUUCACGGGAUCAUCGAAGCCUUCGGGUGCUAUGCCAGGUCAGAGGGCGGCUGCAAAGUGCUCACGCGGGGGGAGCUGAAGAGGCUCCUGGAACAUGAGUUUGCUGACGUCAUAGUGAACCCCCAUGAUCCCUCGACUGUGGAUGAAGUCCUGCGCCUGCUGGAUGAGGAUAACACAGGGGCUGUGGAGUUCAAGGAAUUCCUGGUCUUAGUGUUUAAAGUUGCUCGGGCCUGCUUUAAGACGCUGAGUGAGAGUCCUAGGGGUGCCUGCAUGUCUGACAGAUCUGAAAGCUGCUAUCCUGGAUCCGGGAAAGAGCUGGAGCAAGGCCAGAGAGGUGGCACUGGAGUGGGAAGAGAUGGAGGAGAGCAGAGCUGUGAGGACAGCAGCCGUGGACAGAGGGAUCAGGCGUCUAAGGAACAGGUCAGGGUGGGGACACACACCCAGAAUCAGGACAGCUACCCUGCACAGAUCAGCAGUCACGACCGGGAGGCUGAGUCUCAGAGACAGGAGAUGGUAAACCAGCAAACACAAGCAACUCGACAGGUGGAGCAGACCCCGAGGACAGAAGACAAGAGUGGGACCAGAGAGAGGCGGUCAGAGCGGCAGUCACAGGUUAGCCAGCAGACAGAGGAGACCACAGCUGGAACCACAACUCAGACCCAAGAAGGUGCCUUCCAGACACAGGGAUUCAACUGUGGCCAGGACAGAGGGACUAGUAGGCAUAGCCAAGACAGGAUUCAGGAAGACCAAGAUGUUACACAACACUACCAGACACAGGCAGAGUCUCAUACCCAGAUACACACUCAGAUGGUAGAACAGGGCUGUAGGCAGCAGACAAGAGGCAGCAGAGUCCAAACACAGGGAUCCAUCUAUGACCGGAACAGAGAGACUGAGACUCACAGUCAAGAUAGAAACCAAGUGGGCCAGGCUGCUAAAGACCACCACCAGGCACAGUCAUAUACUCAGACACACACCCAGAUGAGGGAACAAGGCAGGAGCCUGCAGGAAGGAAACAGCAUGCAAACACAUGGGUCCAUCCAUGACCAAAACAGAAUGACUGAGAUCUAUGGACAAGACAGCAGUCCUACAGGACAGGUAGGGACAGGACACUUCCAGACGCAGGUAGGAUCAUAUUCUCAGACUUUGGAGCAUGAUGAGAACCAGUCUGCAAGACAGAUAAGGGCUCCAGAAAAGAGACAGACCCAGACACAGUCAGGUAUGGGGCAAGGCUGGACACCAGUAAGCAACUGUGAGACAGAAGAGCCAGUGCUCGGAGGCCAGGUCCGGACUGAGACAAGCACAGCGAAAGGAAGACAAGACUCUAGCAGCAGCCACCUGGGUCCAAAGGGAGGGCAGAGGGAGAGCACACCCACUGUCAUUAGAGAUGAGUGGGUCAAUGACCACACAAGGGAAAUAGUGAUCCGAAGCCAGGAUCCAGGUAGCCGACACGCUCCUGCUUCUUCAGCUCAGGGCCAGGAUACAGCACAGAUACAAGGGGAGAAGAAAGGAAUCACAGCCAAGGGACUAUAUUCCUAUUUGAAGACAGACCAGCCAUGA